AGUACUUUUUUCGGGUGUUUUCAGAGAGCUCAUUGAUGUCUGCUCUUGAGAUAUUUAGAAAAUUGAGAAAAAUGGUUUGAGUUGUUACUUCAGAUAAAUCUGUUUCAGUAUUAGCUAAGCAUUCCAUUACGAAGAAUUGUUCCUCUGUUUUAGUGUUCUGCAUAUAAUAUGCAUGGAUCAUUUCUUAUUUUGUGCUGAGCAUCUUGCUUUUCUCUAAUCUGAGCUUGUGUGAGCGGCUCUUUAUUUGAGCUAUAGAUAUUUGUUAGCGUACUUUUUUUUGCGUUUUCUGGCGUUUUAGAAAGCUCCGAGAUGUUUAAGAGAAAUACUUAAAAAAUGGUUUGAGUUGUAAGGCUUUGGGAAUAAUCUGUGUCACAUUUUUGAAAGAAAUUUCAAGAUUAACUAGGCAUUCCGUAAAGCAGAAUUGGGGAUUGGAGGUGGAGGUCUAUUUGAGGAAAGCAAAGAAAAUUCCUUCAGAGCUCCCCGAUGCCUGGCGCCUUUUGCAUCUAACCAUGCUUGGAUCGUGAAUGCAUUUGGGGUUUGUUAAUUUGCAUAAAUUUGAGUAUAUUUAGCUUCAUUACAGAAAUCUCAGUGCGUUUGGCAGCAUUUAAUGAAAUUUGCUUAGCUGGGAAGAGUCGCUUUCUCAUGUUUCCUAUAUGCGCUUGAGCUUUCACAUAAAUACCUAUUGCUAAAGAGGAUCGGAAUGGAUUAGGUGUUUUUGCAUAAAUUUGAGGUGUGUAGCUUACAUUUCAGGUUCGUUUGGUCACAUUUUGACGAAUUUUUUGAGUGACUUCAACGGAGAGUUUUGUUCUAUAGAGUAUUUUGAUCAGAUCAGGAAGCAUUUAAUGAAAUGUAACACAGAUUCAGGGUGUUUAAGUAUUAUAAAUGCUGUGAUGUUGAGGAUCUGUUACAAAGCAGCCGCUUUGAUUGUUUUGAAAGGGUUUGAGUGAUGAGGGUAGGAAUUCCAUGGGAAAAUAUGGGCGAUCUGGCCAACGUCGCACAGUUGACAGGGCUCGACGCGGUUAGACUGAUUGCCUUGAUCGUGAAGGCGGCCAGCAAUGCACGGAUGCAUAAAAAGAAUUGCCGUCAGUUUGCUCAGCACCUAAAGCUUAUUGGGAAUCUGCUGGAACAGCUUAAGAUUACCGAGUUGAAGAAAUAUUCUGAAACCAGGGAGCCUCUGGAGCAGCUCGAAGAUGCUCUCAGGAGGUCUUAUGUUCUCGUGGAUAGUUGCCAGAAUAGGAGCUAUCUGUAUUUACUGGCAAUGGGGUGGAAUAUUGUGUUCCAGUUCAAGACAGCGCAGGUGGAAAUUGAUAGAUAUUUGAAGCUUAUUCCUCUCAUCAGCCUUGUCGACAAUUACAGAGUCAAGGAGCGACUGCAAGCUAUUGAGAAGGACCAGCGAGAAUACACCCUUGAUGAAGAAGAGGAGCAAGUUCAUCAAGCAAUCCUGAAUCCAGAAUCUUCAAUAAUGAAUGCUGGAAUGUUGCAGAAAUCACUGUCCCGUAGGUAUCCUGACUUGGGAUUUGAGGAGGCUCUUAAGAGAGAGAGUGAGAAACUGCAAGUUGAAUUACGAAGAUCACGAUGCUUGAACAGCGAUCAAUGUGAUGUGAUUCAACAUCUCAUUGAGGUUACCGAGUCUGUGGUAAAUAUUCCUUCCGAGAAGAAACAUUUACGUCAUUCAAGUUGUGAGGAAGAUAAUCAUCCUUGUGCAGAUUGUUGUGAAGAGCAACCCUGCUCAAUGGAUGGAAGUUAUCUUCAGAAGCAAGAUGGAAGACAGGAUUCGUUAGUUUCCUCAGGACGUGAUUUGAUAUCGGAAAGAGGUUCCCAUCGGUAUGGAGAAUGGCAGACAGAUCUCUUUGGUUGUUGUAUGGAGCCUUCUUUAUGUUUUAGAACUUGCAUUUACCCAUGUGGGACAUUUUCAAAUAUAGCUGCAGUGGCCUCAAAUGGGAAAAUCUCUCCAGAGCAGGCUUGCAAUGACCUGAUGACAUAUUCACUUGUAUUUGCUUGCUGCUGUUAUACAUGCUGUAUCCGUCGGAAGCUGAGAAAAACGUUGAACAUUGCGGGAGGCAUGUGUGACGACUUCUUAACACACAUCACUUGCUGCUGCUGUGCACUGGUUCAAGAGUGGCGUGAAAUUGAAUGUCGGGGACUGGAUGAUUCGCACAAGAGAAAGAUGAGUCCACCACCUUCCCAGGAAAUGGAGUCAUGAUAUUAUCUUCACUGCCUAUCUGAUAAAGCUCGAUCGAAUAUUGUUAACUGAUCCAGGAAGCACUUGUGAAUUUUCUGGCACAUUAGAGCUCUUUCAGCUAAGCAAAUGAUAUGUACAUUCUGGUGCUGCUAGUUCAUUGGUUUACUAAAAAAGCUUUUUUUCAGGAAAUUCUAAAUCUGUAUACAUGCAUGAGCCAAAUAAUGACAUUUCUAAGGCUGGGCAAUAAAUAGAAAACUAUUGAAAUUUGUAUCAUUAGUAUUUUGUUCCUUCCUUUGAGGAUAUCUUACCAGGACAUUCUUGGAUUGUUUGGGCAGGGUUUAGGUUAUCAUACAGCUUCUUAGAGUCCCCUCCUCUUUCUGUAAAUAAAUGUCUUGUAGGCGUUGGGCAGAAUACUAGAACAAUUCUGUAUACAGAGAUUAUGUGUCAAGAUUUUACAUUGAUUUA